GUUCAGUCAGUCCGGCAUCAUCACGGGGAGCCAUGCGCUGUUCUGGAUUAAUAUUAGCACUGCUCUGUUAUAUCUCAAUCUGGGAGUUUUGUGCCGCUGCACAUCCUCGACUCCGCCAUGUGAAGCACUAUGAUGUUGUUCAGCUUCAGCCGGUAAAAGCACGAAUGAAGAGGAGCCUGUCUGACCAACAGAAAUAUCCUGAUACACAUGAAUAUGACGUGACUGUUGAUGGGAAAAACUUCACACUAUAUCUGGAAAAGAAUAGGGAGCUCUUGGGAAAAGAUUACAGUUUGACUCACUACACAAAAGAUGGGAUAAAGGUGUCGACACCUACCUCUAACACAGACCACUGCUACUAUCAGGGACAUAUCAGAGAUGUAAACGAUUCCGCAGUCAGUGUUGACCUGUGCUCAGGAAUGCGAGGGUUUAUGAGAGCAGCAGAUCAGGUGUAUCUGAUUGAGCCGUUGGAGGAGUCUGUGAGAGGGGACCAUGCCUUUUACAAACAAGAGCACCUGAGGACUAAAAGAGCAGCUUUUGACUACAUCAACGACACAGUUUAUGACCUUGGACCAAGGUUUUCUGGACUGUACAACAAUAGAAACAUGAAAAACAGGGCCCCUGUUGGAGGACAGCGCUUUGUUGAGUUGGUUUUAGUUGUUGAUAAUAAGGAGUACAAGAAAAUUGGGAGUUUGAAGAGUGUGCAGAAAAGAAUGCUUGAAGUUGCUAAUCAUGUGGACAAGCUUUAUCGUCCUCUGAACAUUCGCGUCAUGUUAGUGGGACUAGAGGUGUGGUCCUAUGAAGACCAGAUUGAAGUCAGCCCUCUGCCCAAAAUUACCCUGGACAGGUUUUUAAAGUGGCGUCAGAGCAGCCUCCUGACAAGAAAGAAGCACGACAAUGCCCAGUUUGUUACUGCAAUCAAUUUUGAUGGAUCAACUGUUGGCUUGGCUCCUAUGAAUGCUAUGUGCUCUCCCUCCUCUGGAGCAGUCAAUGAGGACCAUAGUGACAAUCCCCUUGGUGUUGCCUCCACCAUUACCCACGAAAUGGGCCACAACCUGGGCAUGUCACAUGAUGACCCAAGCUGUGGUUGUUCAUCCAGAUCAUCCAGCCAGGGCUGUGUCAUGGGAGAGAGUAUUGGGCUUGUUUACCCUGAGGCCUUCAGCCAGUGCAGUAAAGUGGCUCUGGAGCUAUUCCUGCAGAACCAUGACAGCAGCUGCCUGCUGGACAUCCCGAAAGAAGAAGAUCUGGUUGGGGGUCCAGUGUGUGGAAAUGCGUUUGUGGAAAAAGGCGAGGAGUGCGACUGUGGAACAGUGGAGGAAUGCAAGAACCCUUGCUGUAAUGCCACAUCCUGCAGACUGACUGAGGGCUCAGCGUGUGCACAUGGAGAAUGCUGCCACAACUGUCAGCUUAAGCAAGCAGGAAGUGUGUGCAGAGCCACUGCUCAUGACUGUGACCUGCAGGAGUACUGCACCGGGGAAUCAGCACAGUGUCCUAAAGACAGCUACAAGAUGAAUGGGCUGCCGUGCAACCACCACAAGGGUUACUGCUAUAACGGCCAGUGUCCAUCACUUAGGGAACACUGCAAGAUGCUGUGGGGUUCAGGUGCUGAUGUGGAUGGAGAUGUCUGCUUUAAUAACAAUAUCCGGGAAACAGGACAUAGGCACGUCAAAUGUGGAAAAAUAUACUGCACUGGUGGAAAUGAGUUUCCAAAAACCCAGCAAAAAUAUAUAUUUACUAUGGGUACGAAACAGUGUUUCGCAGCUGUGGAGAAAUCAGAGCCAGACAGCCUUGGGAUGGUGCCAACAGGAACCAAAUGUGGGACAAAUAUGGUAUGUUAUAAAAAUCAAUGUCAGGACAUAAGCGUCUAUGGAAACAUGAACUGUUCUGCAAAAUGCAACAGUCAUGGGGUGUGUAACCAUGAGAGGGAGUGCCACUGUGAUCCGGGCUGGGCUCCCCCCUACUGUGAUAUUAAACUGUCAGAAGUUUCCAAGAGAAAAGAUGCGGUGAUCAUUGGUGUGUCUACAUCUAUAGUCAUCCUGCUACUGAUUACUGUCAUUGUUGGAGCCUCAGUCUGUUGUCAUAAACAAAAAGCACCAUUCACAAAGAAAAGGCCUUUUAAGGAUACAAACACCUACUCAGGUCAGUCCAACCCAGUGUUUCAGCCAGGCAGUGCGAAGAACAGCCCCAGAUGUGGACCUCCACGUAUCAGUCAGCCCACUUUCCUGGAGUCUACUGCAACCCGGGCUUGCAAACCUCUGUUUGCCACAAAUGCACCUAGCAGACCAGCACCAAUGCCUCCAAAUGUGGCAGCAGGACCAAAGACUGAACAGUCUGGGAAAUCUCCUAUUCCACCCCCUGUUGUCCCAAGCAACAGUAAUCUCACCCAGACAAAGCCUUUGAUACAACCAUCCAAACCACUACCUCCAUCAAGACCACUACCUCCACUGAUGUCCAAACCAGUGUAUAAACCAAAAUCUCCUCCAAUGCCUCCUCUUAAACCAUCAGGCUCACAGCCAGCAUGGACUCCACCUCAGGUAAUAGUGGCCCCAAAGGUGCCUCUGAAGCCCCCUACGAAGAGAUGAUGGAGUGAUGCAGAGUGACUCACUGAGAGAAUCACUGAGAGCAUAAGGAGAUGCUUUAUGAGCAGUGUUGUUAAUGCCUCUGCAGGAGCUGCAGCUCUGAAGAUGAUUCAGCUUUCCACAUCAGCACUCAGUACUAUGAAUCAUCUGAAGAAGAUGGCUGAUAUUCUAGACAGGAUUAAAUGUCUGUAUAAUCUCAGGGACUUGCUAUUUUUUGCUGUUGCUGGUCUGCUGUUAUGGUACGUCUCAAUGCAUUAAAUGAUGGAAUGAAUGUAUUUAUAAUCAUCUUUCUGGUUUGCCAUGUAGGGAAAUGAACUUAAGUAAAAAAGUAAGAAUAUUGUUCAGAGUUAUCACACUGUACGAAAUGAGGAUCUUUGUUUGUGAGCUGGCAUUUUUGCUGUACUGAAAUCUUUUAAGACUGCACCAAUGUCUUGUUUCCUGUUUUUUUCCCCUUAUUUUCUUGCACUCAGACAAAAGCAAUACGAUGUUGGCUAAUUUAUGCACUAAUGUUUUUACAUGUUGCUUAUUCUCAGCUGGUCUGAUAUUUGUAUUUACUAGAAUAUUCAUAUUUUGUAAUGUUUGUAUUUUAAUUAAAAUAUUAUUUAAGUUUUAAGUAUGGACCAAUGAUUUUUUUGUUGUUUUAUAUUGUUUUUCAGUGGUGGUCCAAAGUGUCCAAAUUUUAGUUAGCAAUGUUUUGAAGGCUGUUUCACAUUUUUUACAUUUUUAAAAUUUGAAUCUUGGAAUUUUGUGAAUCUGGCAGUUGUUCAAAAUGUAAUAAUAAAUGGACCAAUAGAAAUGCUCCAGAAUUACUUGAAAUAAAAUGGUUUACAAUGA